AAGCGGAGGUGAGGACUACGUGGAAUGGUGUGGAAAUAGCAAGUUUAUAGCCACAGUCUACAUCUGGUGAGUCUGAAUACCUCAAAGGCUGCAUCAGCAUAAUGGCAUGCUGUCAUGAAGCAAAGGGGUGUGUUCUCAUACAAUAAAAGGAAACACUCGAGUUUAAUUUUGCCAGAGAAGUUUCAUUCAUCAUGUCUGGAAGAGGGAGAUCACGCAAGGCAAAGAGUCCUGAUGCUGAGCACGCUAAAAGGAAACCUAGACUUGAUGACAUUAAAGAAGUCCCUCUGCCCACACGUCCAGAUUCUACAGAAGAGGAGCAGAAAAAAAAGAAAGAAGAGAAGAAAAAAACAAUCAAUGCUGAAGAAAAGAAGCCUCUAGAGAGACCCAUAAGAGAAAAGACUACAAACCAUUGUACAAAGAAGGUCAAUGAGCAUCCACACAAAUCUACAGACAGCACAACUGCCAAAACUUGUGCUACCAAGACCAACUUAACAGAAAAAUCUCCAGUGGUGAAAAGAAAGGCAACAAAGGACUCUCCAAAAGUCACAAGAGCAAAUAAAUGUUCUGGUGGGGCAAAAUCACAAGAACAACUUGCAAAGGACGAGACACCCACGGGCACCAGUAAAUCAAAAACAUGUGUUAAGAAAGCCAAAUCACCAGGAAUGUUUUCAGAGGAAAUGACUAAGAUGCCACCAGACACACCAAAAGACACUACACAGGAUUAUGUGGAGACUGAUAAAGCAAAAGCCUGUGGCGCCAAGCCGAAACGUCAGGUGGCAAAGAUGCAACCAGAACAAUGUUUAGAGACAGAGAAAGAGACACCAAAGUACACCAGAAAGACUUCGGAAAAGACCACAGAAGCCAAAAUAUGUGCACGCAGAGCCAAUUCACCAGAAAAAUUAAGAAAGACACCAAACAUGCCACCAGGAAAAGGUGAGGACUUCACAAAAGACACGACUGAAAAAAACCCUGCAGUGGAUGAUAUCCUUAAAGAAACUCUGGAAAAACUGAAAAUUAAGAAGACAGACAAAUCAAAUGCAGCAUUAGUCAUAAAUACAACAAAAGACUAUAUAAUCAGGCAUUUAAAAAAGAAUACAGAAAGCUUUAAAGAAGUACAAGAACCCCUACCUACUGGAAGCUACUACGAAAAUGUAAAGAUUUGUAAUCCUGAUGAAUUUGACAUCAUGGUGCCCAUUUUGGUUGAACGGGUUGAAAUUAAACCAUUUGGAGAUGAUGGUGCAUUUUACAGUGUGGCAUUAAAACGUGACAAGAAUCCGCUGAGAAAAUUUCAAGAGAAUGGCCAUUUAUCUGCUAGUAAUAUGCUCAGCGAGUUCAGAGAAGAAGUGAAGAAAUGUGUCAAGGGACUUACUGAUAUCAAAUGGAAGGUGGAGAAGAAGAAAAAAGGCUGUCCUGCAGUGACCCUGACGACAAACGUGAACUCAGUUCCAGUUUCCCUGGAUGUUGUUCUUUGUCUUAUGGUUAAAUCAAGCUGGCCAUCUUUCACAAACGAAGGCCUUAAAAUUGAGGGCUGGCUAGGGACUAAAGUUAAGCAGGAGUACAAGCGAAAGCCAUAUUACCUGGUCCCAAAAUAUGAAGGCAGGGGUGCAGCGGAAAAUGAUGGGGUCCUUACUAAAGAUGUUUGGCGAGUUUCAUUCUCUCAUGUUGAGAAGGCCAUCCUGAAGAAUCAUGGAUCUGAGAAGACUUGCUGUGAAAAACAUGGAGCAAGCUGCUGCAGGAAGUCCUGUCUAAAGCUCCUGAAACACCUUCUACAUCUGCUGAAGGAAAGCAACCCUUCAUUUGACAAGUUUUGCUCUUAUCAUGUCAAAACUACACUCUUACAUGCCUGCUGCUCGAGAACUAGAGACAGCGACUGGAAACCCGCAGAUCUGAGCCACUGUUUCCAGCUGCUCCUGAAAGACUUUGAAAAUCACCUGCAAAACGGUCAACUACAAAACUUCUUCAUUCCAAGUCAGAACCUGCUCUCUGGUCCUGGCAUUAAAGUGUGCAGAAUUCUGUCCAGCACCAUCAAGAAUGAACGUCAGACGGGCUUUCCUAUUUUCAGUGAACAACUUCAAAAUGCACAUUAAGUUCUGGGCUUCUGACUAUGUAAACCCUGUGUUUGAAAUGCCUCAAAUACGCACACAUACAAUCCAGCAACUAUGCAAAACAAUUUAUUUCUAGCAAUAUUGAUGUAUUUACCUUUUUUAUCCCAUUGUCAGAUCUAUACUAGUCAAAACUUAAACUUUAUAUUUGGUGUGAUUUUGAUACCACCCAUCAAGGGGAUGGUGGUUUUAGUUUCCUAUGAAUAUUACAAACUUUUCUUAACAAAUGACACAAUCUAUGUCAAAUAUGUUCAAUUUAAAUAUUUCAUUUGUCGAGACUGAUGUGAGUCAAGUGUUUUAACUUUUUUUGAGCAGCGUAUUUUAUUGCCUUUUCAUAGCCCCCAUUUUGUUGUUUGUGACACAAUUGUAAGAAAUGCUACAAUCAUCAGCUAUUUUAAGUCAUGAACCGAUCUUUUACAACUGAACUUUGGUAGUUUGUCAUUGGUUUUUGUUUACCCCGUAUACUUUGCUUAAUACAAGUUAACUUAUUUUAUUGUAACUCAAGCUUAAUUUAUCUGUGUGUUUUUCUCGGGACUGGUUAGCUGUAAUUCUAUAUUAUAAUGUGGAAAUAAAGAGAAUAUGGAUUUA